AGACGAUUAAUCAUUAAUCGCAAUGGAUCGGAUUUUUGGAAACGUCAAUAAUAGAUUCAAGAACAUCGGUAAUAUGGAGGGUAAGCGAAUGGCCCUCAAACUCGUUGGAUUCUACGCCGUGGGCUGGACUCUACGCAAGCUUCUCAAAUGAACAAUAUUUUGAAGCUGUCAUUGUAAAUUUUAUGUUCGAAAAUUCAAAAUUUUGUGAAUUAAAAAUGGUUAAAAUUGUACCUCAAA